AUGUUCGCCGAGUCUAUCAACACUGAUAAAGGUUUUUUCGGAAAACCCUGCGGAGUUGGAAUUCUCUCCUACCUCACUGGAAUUUCUCGAGAGCUUUGCCCCUUUACAGGGAAUAAGAACUUACUGGCCAGGGCUGGAGAGUACGUCAGUCCUAAGGCACAUGGGACAUUCAAAAUAGAAACAAAUUUCUACCCUCCUUUGGCCAGAGGAAUUCCGCUUUCUGAUAUUCAUAAUCAAAUGCUAACGAUUAUUUGA